AAGCUCUCGUACUGUGUGAGAGAAACAGAGGGAAAUGAAGGCAGAGAGACAGAGAGGGAGAUAGGGAGAGAGAACGCAAGUGCAGUGAUGAGAGGGGGAGCAGGGUGGUAGAGCAGAGAGAGAGGGAGGGAGGGAGACACAGACUGCUCAGCUGACUGAAGCAGAGCUGGGAGACGGGGCACGCCUGGCCUGAAGAAGGGCUACUCUUCUCUCAUUACUAAGCCAAACACACACACAGCCAGGGAGCCGGGAUAGAAUCCUAGGGAGACAGAGUGAGCGCCUGCCGACCUGCAGCCAUGGCUAACAUGGACACUCUGACAGAGGCACUGAAUGCCAUCAGUGUGAGCACCGAGCUGGUAGAGCAGGAGCUGAAGCCUCAUCUGGACACCCUGCUGGCUGUGCUACUGGACAAGAAGAAGGGAGCUGCUGUGGAGAUCGCCUCCAGUGGGAUCCUUCCCAUCCUAGCCCAGUCCCUCAGGGAGAAGAGUCCUCUCACCAAUCAAGUGGCAUUGGUGGUGGCAGAAAUGGCCAGGGAAGCGGCGGUGAGGGACCCGUGCAUUGAUGCGGGCCUCGUGACGGUUCUGGUGCCCCUGCUGAACAGUGCAGACGAGGAGCUGCUGCUCCACACUGGCAGAGCCAUCGGACGCAUCUGCUUCGACAACACGGCCCAGCAGGAUCAGCUAGUGCAGUGUGGGGUGAUCCCCAGGCUGGUAGCCAUCAUGAGGGAGAACCUAGAGAACGACCCACUGGUCAACGUGUGUCUGCUGGCCCUCUGUAACCUGGCUGACAUGGACACGACGCGGGAGGCGCUAGUAGAGGUGGGCGUGGCAGAGGUGCUGACGGCCCAGCUAAAACGGGCUACUGACGCAGAGAGAAGACACAUUAUACUGGAGGUGCUGGGAUCACUGGGAGAGAAUGACGUGCUGAAGCUGCAGUUUGUGGAGUCGGGGGUUCCUGAGGCUCUGUCUGAGAUGAUUCGAGGUCUACAGGGCGGCUCUGACCCCCAUGACCUCUGCAGCAUCAAGAUCGCCUCUAACCUUAUCGUUUCUCUCCUGCUGGGAGAUGAGUCCAUGCAGAAGUGUUUCGGCGAGGGCACGGGGGUGGUGUACCAGGACGUACUCUCCUGGCUGCAGUCCUCCAACACUCAGCUGCAGCUCUCUGGAGCCCUGGCCAUCGCCAACUUUGCCAGGAACGACAGUAACUGUGUGAAGAUGUUGGAGCUGGGGGUGGUUCCUCAUAUCCUGACCCUGCUGGAGCAGCAUGUGGACGAAGGCGACGUGUCCGUCCAGCAUGCCGGAUUGAGCGCACUCAGAAACCUGGCGAUCCCAGCCAGUAAUAAGGUGAGGAUGCUGGAGGAUGGGGUGACAGAGAGAAUUAGGACCUUGCUGCGCUCUGACAUGCCCCCAGUGCAGUUCAAACUGCUGGGCACCCUGCGCAUGAUGGUGGAUGGACAAGAGGAGGCAGCUGCAGUGCUGGGUAAAGAUGAGGUUUUGUUGGCGAGGAUCAUGGAGUGGUGUGAGGCACGGGACCAUUCAGGGGUCAGGGGAGAGGCAAACCGCCUCCUGGCCGCCCUUAUUAGACACUCCCGUGCCCCAGAAGUAAUCAACGCUGUAACCAAAGCAGAUGGGGUGCGACACCUCAUCUCCAUGGCAACCAGUGAACACUUGAUCAUGCAGAAUGAAGCACUGGUGGCCAUGGCGAUUGCAUCUGCCAUUGACAUCGACUCCAUGCAGGAAUCAUUCCGGGAGGCAGAGCUCUUGCCCACACUGCAGAAGAUGCUGGAUGACCCAGUAGGGGCGGUGGAGUUCAAGUUCAGCGCCCUAGGGCUUAUCUGUAGCCUGGCCAACUCCAGCUCGAUGAAGGAAGAAAUGGAAUCUCUUAACCUGAAGGAGACGCUCAACAAGCUCUCUGGUCACUCCAGCACCAAGCUAGCCACACAGGCCGACACAGUGCUGGCCAUGCUCUCUGAAACCAGCUAGACUGACCUGACCGGACCACUGCCCUGGUCAAUGUGACCACAGACUCUCAGUACCACGUGCCACCGCAACCUCCCCUACUCUCGUAACUACACCAUCCUCUCCAUCAACCGCACUUCACCAGAUAACAACCCAUCCCUCGUUCUGACAGAUGAGAAGGGGUGGAGGGUUUGAAAAGAAGCAGAUAUUGAGUCUUCCAAAGCUGGGCCUCCAUUCACCUGGCCUUUGGAGAGCACAGUUGGACAUAGCUAUGUUAGGACUGACCAACCCAAUCUGACAAAGAGCUAACAAGGUGAUAGCAUAUGUUCUAAGCACAAGCUGAAUGAGCCAACCCAUGAAAACGCACACGAAUCACAACAUCCCCGUGUUUAUGUGUGAAAUAGCUACUCUAAUCAGUACACCAAUCAAUUCAAUGUAUGUAUGAUUUCCUAUAACGACCAGUGUAUAUUAUCAAAGGAAAUGUUUGCGAAUGUAUGUGCCAUAGUGUUAAUCAUGGCUACUGUUUCAUAGUAUCUAAUGUGCUUACCCUCAAUGGAAAACAUAAAACUAAAGUCUGACACUGUUUCUUAAUGUGAUGUUCUAUCUAUGCUCUAUAUUGAUCAAUGUACAUGGAUGUAAAUGUUCCUAGACUAUGACCAUACCUGUCUCUUUUCUGUGGAUCUUGCAUAGUGAGAUCCCCUUGGUAAUAUCUACAGUGUAUAGCUCAAGAAAAGCAUUCAGAGCCAAUAUCUCAAUUGCGAUAUUAUACCAAAGUACAUUCUAAUUCUAAGUUAUGUUAGACCACAGGUGGGUGGGCACUGGGGGUAAUCAUUACAGAGUUGUGAGAGUGUCAGGCAGCUCUCCCACUGGGUGCCAGCUCUAACAUUCUGACUAAAAGGGAUCAAUAUGUUAUGCGGAUGCUGGGGCAGCAAAGGGCUUGUGGUGAAAGGACCUUUAAUGUUGCUCUCAGAUCCCUGCUGAUUCAACUCCUUUUAACACCAAUUUCUUAAGGUGUCUAAAGCCCAAUGGUGACUGGCUGGCUAUUUUAAAAGGAUUAAUAUAGAAAAUAGCAACUGAAAACAGGACUCUGUCUGUCUUUCCUUUUUAGUACCCAAUGGGAGCUGAGUUGUUGUUGUUGAAUUGAAGCAUUUCAUUCCAAAACGCUAUAUAUACAUUUGUAAAUAUGUUGGUAAAUUAUGAAAUUAUGAAAGAGAUUGGUAUGUUUUCUCACUAUCUAAUCAUGGCAUAUGGUUGUUCAAUGACAGAGAUGUAUUUGUUUAAAAUCUAUAACUUUUUCAUUUCAGAGAGACACAUAAUCAUGUUCUUUUUCAAAAUGCUAACAAAUAUGUAACAAAUAACGACAUUUUUAAUAAAGAAAUGUACAAAUAAUACUUUUGUGACAAAAAUAUUAUUUUAUUUU